AUGACGAUUUUCGCCGGAUUGAUACGACGGCGAUUUGGCGCAUCGGUUCCGAUUCAUCUGAAUUACGGAUUCGAACCGUCGCGUUUCCUCUUUAACAUGAGUCAAGGAAGUACUCGGUUGCUAAGCGGCGAGGCUGAGUCGAAUCGGACUGAGUUUCCGGUGGAAAACGCGUACGAUCUCUUGAAUGUCUCCGAAUCCAGCUCAAUCGCAGAGAUCAAAGCUUCAUUUCGUAGACUCGCAAAGGAGACUCAUCCAGACUUGGUCGAGUCGAAGAAGGAUUCAUCUACUUCGAUACGUUUCGUUCAGAUUCUCGCUGCUUAUGAGAUUCUUUCAGAUUCUGAAAAGAGAGCACACUAUGAUAGAUAUUUGCUAUCUCGGAGGAGAAUGGUAAUGACGAAAAAUUCGAGACAAGGGUAUAUGGUUUACAGGUAUAAAACAAGAUUGACAUUGAGUCAAGAGAUGGAAGUAGUUGAAUGGCUUAAAUGGUAUAGAGAAGCAAUACAUGAUAUAGUACUAGAGAAGAGAGUAGCAAGCGGUAGUACAGGCUACUUCGAUGAAUUGGAAGAAGAUUUUUAUUCAGCUAUACGAGCAGCGUACUUUGGUCCUGAUAUAGAUUCUGUUGAGCUUCUUCCUGAUUGUUUUGAAGCUGAGGAAAGGUCUGUGUAUGAGACAAGGGAAGUUUUACAUUUGGUAUCAGGACGGGAUCUUUUCGGUAUGGUUUGUUUGGUUGAUAACUUUCUUGAGUUGUCUUCUGCUUGCUCCAAGAAAUUGGCUUUGUCUUCGUUUAUGAAUUCGGACCUGAGCCAAGAAGUUGAGAAAGGAGACUAUGACAUGGUAUCUGAUGAAAUGAUUGGUCUUCGGACAUCUCAUAUACUAUCAUCGAGAAAUAAAAACCAUGUUUCGGAUGCAUAUAAAGAUAUUCAGCUGCAUAUAUCUGGAAGAGUUGUUGCUACUGCUAUUAGGGUUCCCCCAAAAGGGUAUUACGAAAAGAAACAAAAUGAGGGUGAUAACGAUCACAUACACGUUUUCCUCAAUUCAGAUGAAGGAUCAAGUCAUGGCACUGAGUCGUCUCCGAGAAAUGAAAGUGAAGCCAGAGUUCUUGUUGGAACUAUAAGUGGUCUUGGGACAAGCCCAGAUGAAGGUUCAUGUUAUUUCUAUGAUGGGAAUGGUGCUAAGACUCAUGUGAUAAUGAAACAUAGGACAUUUCUGGUGAGACAUUUGCACUGGUACAGGAUUGGGGAAAAGGUUUCUGUUUGCGAGUGUAGAUGCAGUAGAGCAAAACUACCACCAAGCAAGUUUUGGUUGUUUGAGCCUCGUUGUGGCUUGCAUGAUGUUGGAGGUUGGUAUAUUGAAACUUUUGGUAAAGAUAAAAAGGGCCGGACAGUACUCGGACAAAGAUUCUGGGAUGGAUUGGAAGUGGGUGCAACAGAUGGGAGACUGCACCCUGGUAUUUACCUUCUUACACUAGCCUAUCGAACUCUUGAUCUUGAGGAUGAAAGGAGAAGGAAACGGUCAAUAGUGGAGAUCUUUGAAGCAAGGCUAUCUAAAGCGUUGGAUUGGUGUAAGAAAUUGGUUAGGAGAAGGUCCCUUGGAACUUAG